UUGUUUGAAAUCAUUUAAUCAAGUUUAAAAGAAAACUAUUAUUACAUUAAUUUUUUAAAAAGUAACUUGAUUCAAGUAAAAAUAAUAAUAAUAAAAAAUAUGAAAUUAGACCUUAUAAAAUGGGCAAGUAGACUAUUUUUUGAUUAGAAGUGUUAUGUUUGCCACAUUUUUAUAAAAUUUUUGCAACCAAUCAUAUAUAGUAACUUGUUACUAAUUCUAAUUUGAAACUACCAGCAAAUGUGUUGUAUAAAUGUUAUAGAGUGUUGUAUAAAUGUUAUGGAUAUAAUAUUUCUCUUUUUUUUUUUCAGUCAAUCCACUUGGCUCAAAAAUCCAACUAAUUUCAAAUAUUUUAUUUUUUAAACUAAACACGUGUGGUAGCCUACAUGGGUGUUUAGGUGGCAUAAAAUUAAAUACUUUAAUAUCUUUGUUAGUCAAGCCAUUUGUUUUUUUUUCAUUUAUCACUUAAUUUAAGGAUUAUUUUGACAUAAUGCCAAAAUGUUGAAGAUUAAAAUCAUUAAAUAGAUACAUUUGAAAUAUUAGGAAUCAUUUCCUUUCAAAAAAAAUAUUAGGAGUCAUUUUGACAAACAAGUUAAUGACUAAAACAUAAUUUGCACCAAAUUGAUAAUAUAUUAAGUAUGCAUCAUCAGCAGCGACAUUUAGAAAAAACUUCCAUCACGCUGAAUUUGUACACAUAUAUACAAACAAAUAUUCAUUAGAGAGUAGAGACACACCGCACAUUCUUUCUUUCUUUUUUUGAUAAUCAGAGACCACACAUUCUACUUUCACACAAAAAUCCUGUACUGGACAAAGAGGAAAAAACACACCUGCUACAAAUAUCCCAUUGAGAAAAUGACAGGCCCCAAAAGUUUGAGCAGAAUUAUAACUUUUAUCAUAAUAUGUUCAUGUAACAAGUUAUAAGUGAUAAAAUUGUGGAUCAACCAUUUUUACUUUGCUACUCACGACUUGUUAUGUGAAUAAGUUGUAACAAAAGUUAUAGUACUAACUUUUUAUCAAAAAUUUAUACAAAUUUUUGCUCUAAUUCUCUAUAGUAAGUGGUGAGUUGUAAGUAGGAGAGACAUGAACGAGUUGUAAGUUGAAGAGAUGUGAACUUAUAUGGACCCACCACUCACAUAUUGCAAUGCCGUGAGUUAUGAUAAAAAUCGGGUAAGUUUUUGUGGUCACCAAUCAGCAUUGCUCACAAAAAAUCUUUCAUUUCAAACUGUCGAAACAGUGGUAACACCACUUCACAGUGUCAACUUAACACCACUUCACAGUGUCAACUUAACACCACUCUCCGGAUUCCUUCCUUUAACGCUCUGUAUAAUCCUAUCGUCUAUAUAUAUGUCCCAACUCUCACUCUUCUCAGCAACUCCUUCAACAAACACAAACGCCACUCUUUGCUUAUUAUAUCUACUGCAGUCUGCAACACAACUUAGUGAGAAACAAAGAGUUUUUUUUAGUGUAUUUCACUCCUAUAAAUUAAGUCCCUUUUGAGAUUUAGCUUUGUUUUAGACAUACAUGGAUGUUUUAAGACAUUACUCUGAUCCUCAAUAUCUAAUGGGGUCUGAUAUUUGUUCCUGGGAGUUUGAGAGUGGCAGCGAUCGCAUUGUGAACUUGUCAGACGAGGAGGUCAUGUUGGCUUCCCAUAAUCCUAAAAAACGAGAUGGGAGAAAGAAGUUUAAGGAGACAAGACACCCAGUGUAUCGUGGAGUGAGGAGGAAGAACCCGUGGAAAUGGGUUUGUGAAAUGCGAGAGCCAAAUAAGAAGUCGAGGAUUUGGCUUGGGACUUUUCCCACAGCAGAAAUGGCCGCGCGUGCACAUGAUGUGGCAGCUAUCGCUCUCCGUGGCAAGUCCGGGUGUCUAAAUUUUGCUGACUCGGCGUGGCGGCUUCCGGUUCCAGCAUCGGCGGCAGCAAAGGAUAUUCAGAGGGCGGCAGCGGAGGCGGCUGAGGCAUUUCGGCCUGCGGAGUUGGAUAGAGUUUUUGGGGAUGAAUCGAGAUGGAAGUUUGAAAGUGCAGAGGCCGCAGCUGUGGUUGUGGCAGCCGCAGCAGUGGCUGCUACAGAAGUAGUGGUGGAGAUGGAGGAGGAAGGUGUAUAUUUUAUGGAUGAGGAGGCGGUUUUUGGCAUGCCGGGGUUGUUGGCAAAUUUGGCAGAGGGGAUGUUGUUGCCUCCACCUCAUUGUUAUGAUGGAGAUGACAUGGGAACUGAUACUGACAUGUCCUUAUGGAGUUACUCAAUUUGAUUGAACUGAAUUAAGCUUAAUAGUAUUGAGCUUAAUUCAGCACUUUCUCAUAAAAAAGAAGCAGCUUAAUUUAGCAUAUAGAAGGGUUGCUUAUUGGGAAUAAUUUUUAUUCUUCAUUCUUAUUGUUUUUGAUUAAGUGCGGUGUUAUGGGGAAAAUCAUAAAUUGUGGGAAAAGCCCCAGAAAAAUGCUGCAUUAUUAAUUUAUAUAUGUUGGAUGUGUGGGAAUGUUGGAGAUGGCGUAGCCAUAUUGAACAAAAGAAUUAUAAUCCAUUUUCCAUGAUGUAUGGUAUAAUGGACAUUUUUGCAAAAUAAGUUUGUACUUCAAUAUUUAAUCUAUCUACCCAUUUGGGGCAUUUACAUCAAUCUAUGAAAGAAAGUUGUUCAA